CGUUAAUCACUUCUUGAUUUCCUUGUCCAACUUUCUUGAUAUUCGAUACCUGAACAUACAAACUCUGUAGCACGCUUCUAUGGACUAACGAUGACUUCGUUGUAGUAUUUCUUUUUACUUGUUUCCCUCUUGUCACCUUUCCUAUAUUACUUUUUUCUUUUUUCACAUCACCCCUUUUCUCACAUUCCGCGUUGCAUCUUCAAAAAACGUGGCCACGAGAUCACAUACUAUAGUUGGCCAACAUCCAAUUCUAGAUGAACUACAAAACUGAAUCUCACCUUAAAACCCUCGAUAUUGACGAAAACACUCACUGACGUGGUCAUAUUAUAAACAUUGCUAGGCUAUGUUGAGUCUUCGUUCUCUUUACACCUCCAAUGGCGACCGCCCAGAGCUGAGGACCAACAUGGACGUGGAUUAUGUAAUUCACUUCAAAGUCUCCAGCGACAGAGCUGAAGCCGAAGCUGGUUUUACCCAGCUAAUCGAGGCUCUGACUAGAGUUGGUCUAGCUUCUGAGGUUCGAAAUGGUGACGAGUCCUCCCUGCUGGUCUUCGUCAAGGUAGCAUCCGAGAAGCAUCUCGCCAAUCAAAUCUAUCGCGAGCGUGUCCAGGAUUGGUUGUAUGGUGUGCGGAUCACUGCUCCAGAAAAGGACGUGGGCAAGGAAUUUACCAACCAACCCGUCAGCGAAGCUGAGAGGCUACGUACCGUCUAUUUACUCAUAACGAAGCCUAAAAAUGAGGGAGGUGCCGGUAUUACGCCCAAAAUUGGCCAGUGGAAAGAUGUUGUAUCCGUCUUCCCGCUUCAUAACCACGCCUUCAAUCGUCAAUGGAUCAAACAGUGGAGUACUAAGUACUUCCUAAACGAGCAAGACCUUGAUCAAAUCCGCGAUAGAUUUGGCGAGAGCGUCGCGUUUUAUUUCGCAUUUGUACAGUCGUACUUUGCAUUCCUCGCCUUCCCAGCGGCAUUUGGGUUUGGCGCCUGGCUCAUACUUGAUCGUUAUUCGUGGUUUUAUGCCCUCGUCAACUCCCUCUGGUCUAUUGUCUUCUUCGAGUGGUGGAAGAAGAAAGAGGUGGAUCUCGCCGUCCAAUGGGGUGUUCGUGGGGUAUCACGUAUUCAACGCCCACGAACACAAUUUAGAUGGGAUCACGAAGCAGCGGAUCCGGUAACUGGCGAGGCUGUGAAGGUUUAUUCUCCAGUUAAGAGGUUGAAAACUCAGCUGUUGCAGAUUCCAUUUGCGCUAGGCUGCCUGGCAAUCCUUGGGGCUCUCUAUGUCUUCUGCUUCUCAAUUGAGAUAUUUCUCUCGGAAAUUUACAAUGGACCCUUUAAGUCAUACCUGACGUUUACGCCGACAAUUAUUCUCACUGGAGUAUUACCAACACUGUCGACCAUUCUCGGAAAUUUCGCUGAGAAGCUUACGGACAGGGAAAACUACGAGACAAGCGACGCUCAUCAUGCCUCCCUGGUUCAGAAGUUAUUCAUCAUUAACUUCAUCACCUCGUAUACCCCUCUUUUCCUAAGCGCUUUUGUGUACAUGCCUUUUGGGAACCUCCUUGUUCCCUACCUGGACAUUUUUAAGAUUACAGCAGAGAAGUUUUCCAGCGAGAAGACCAUCGCUACCCAGGGCUUUCAGAUAAAUCCUGAUCGCCUAAGGAAGCAGAUGAUCUAUUUCACGGUAACGGCUCAGAUCGUAAACUUUGCGCUUGAGGUCGUCGUUCCUUAUGCGAAACGUAAGGUAUUCAGUGAGGUCGAAAAGGCUCAAUCUAAGGGUAAGAAGGAACUGGCAGCCAACGAUGUCCCCGAAGAACACGCUUUCCUUGAGAGGGUUCGCGAUGAGGCGAAAUUGGAUAUUUAUGAUGUCACCACUGACUACCGAGAAAUGGUAGUCCAAUUCGGAUACUUGUCCCUGUUCUCGGCGAUCUGGCCACUGACUCCCCUCUCAUUCUUUAUCAACAACUGGGUUGAACUUCGAUCAGAUGCUAUGAAGAUUGCAGUCAGUAGCCAGAGACCAAUCCCGUGGAGAGCUGAUUCAAUUGGCCCUUGGCUCAACUCGCUAGGGUUCUUAUCCUGGUUCGGAAGCCUUGUCAGUUCCGCCAUCGUAUAUCUUUUCAGUGGUGAUUCUGAGGGACCUGGCGGUGACCCGUACAAUAUCGCUGCUUGGGGUCUCUUGUUAAGCAUGAUUCUCUCGGAACACGUCUACCUUGCUGCACAAUUUGCCGUCCGAUAUGCAUUGCAUCAAAUGGAUAGCCCCGGUCUGCAAAAGGAGAGAGCUGAGCGCUUUGCCAUGAGAAAGCAAUUAUUAGAGGAGAGUCUAGGCGUCGAGGUCACCGAAAAGCCACUUCCUCCCACACCACAAGCUGGAGAAAAGAUCACCCGAGAAUCGCUUGAGGAAGAAGCUCGAAGAAUAUCGACACAGGGUGGAGGAUCUCCCGAACAACUGUUCUGGUUACGACAACAGGGAAUGGACGAGACUAUCCAGAUCGGUCGAAUGCUAAUUUCGAAGACGAAACCGGCCAAGAACUAGGUACCCGAGCCGCUACAUCUUACUAUGGAUUUCGUGAAAGAGGCCUUCGUGGCUCUAGUGUUGGCGGUAGGGGUAGACGUCAUAUUCGAAUAAUCGAGGCUAGUCUACACCUACGUACUCCUUAAAAUUCCCGUUGUUUUAAAUAACCCCCCGCCCCCCCCCAAAAGGAUAGAUAUGAUAAAGUCGUCUUGAAUUGUAUCGCUUGUAUAGAGUGUUCAGUUCGAGUGUUUGUGAUUAAGAACAAAACACGUUGAUCAAAUUUCAGGCAUUCAAUAAAACUUAGUAUAUUCCCUCAACCCUUUUACUAACCCUACCCUAAAGUAAAUAAACCCAUCCCAUGCCCCCUAACAAAUGGAAAGUAAAGUCGAAGUUUUUUCAACCCA